AUGGCCUCCAAGCAAACUGUUUUCCGUUUACAAAGCAGGCAAAGCAUUGUUGACCUUACCACAUCUACAGAGGAGAUACCCAAGGCUGCAGCUUAUGAAGUUCUUGUAAAGGUUCGCAGUGUUGCGCUGAACUUUCGAGACUUAGCCAUCGCUACUUCUCGGUACCCAUUUCCCGUCAAAGACAAUGUGAUCCCUAUUUCGGAUGCAGCUGGCGAAAUCGUUGAGAUCGGACCUAAUGUCCAAGGAUUUACUAUAGGCGGUCCAGUGGACGGCGUUCUUCGGAAUUACCUGCCUAUCAACGCGGACUCGGUUAUUAAGGUUCCUAAAGAGUCUUCCUUGAAGGCUUCACAGUGGGCUGCACUUGUCUGUACCGGUACCACCGCUUGGAAUGCUCUUUAUGGGAAUGUUCCUUUGAAGCCAGGCCAGACUGUACUGUUCCAAGGCACCGGCGGCGUUUCCAUCACCGGAUUAGUCUUGGCUAAAGCAGCGGGAGCAAAAACAAUUAUUACCUCAUCUAGCGAUGAGAAGCUGGCCUAUGUGAAGGAGAAAUAUGGCGUUGAUCACACCAUCAACUACAAAGUCCAUCCAGAAUGGGCUCAAGAAGUGCAAAAUAUUACCCAAGGAAAUGGUGUUGACUAUAUUUUUGAGAAUGGUGGAUCUGGUACGAUUAAACAAAGUAUUGACUGCAUUGCUUAUGGGGGGGUGAUAUCCAUCAUAGGCUUCUUAUCUACUGCCAAGCAAGAGGAAAUGCCAGAUGUAGCUGCUCUUGCCCUUUCCAAAGGCUGCAUCGUUCGGGGAAUUACUGUCGGGUCGAAGCAAUUGCUUGAAGAAUGCGUGCGCUUUGUGGGUUCUCACAACUUGGACAUUCCGGUGGAGAAGACAUUGCCAUUCACUGAAGAGGGUGUGAGGGCUGCUUAUAAAUAUUUAUCAGAGGGUCAACAUAUUGGGAAAGUUUGCAUCGACUUUGAAUAA